AGUGGUCAAUUAUUCAAGUUGGCAAAUUGAGAGAAGAGUUUGGAAUCGAGUGCGGACGUUGCAAAAACAAAAGACGCAGCCGGAAAAGUGCGAAACAGACGCCGCUGCUGCUGGGCACUUGUCACUAACGCGUCUGUCAUGUGCCACGCGGCGUGGCAACCCUGAUGCUUGGCUCUAAAAAACAAAUUCCUGGAAAGAAUUUCGAUUUAAGUUUUAGCAUUUAACUGUGUGUGCAUCUAAAUAAUAAAAGAACAAACAUGGCUUGGGUCCCGAGCACUCGAUUUGAGGAUGAUCUGGUGGAUAUGGAACCGGGCUUCAAUUUGAUCCAUGGCCAGCUGGACUACGAGGAGCGGCGGAAAAAGGAGUUUAUCCCGCGGCCCAAGAACACCUACGAGUACUUGUCGGCGCGCGAGAAACGGAACGCAGAGCUGGAGAGCAGGUCCCCAGAGGGUGAAAAGGCCCGGGAAAUCCGUCAGAGCCUAGAGUUGAUGGAGCGCAUCCAGCGGAUAGCGGGCACCAAGCCUCUGGGCGAGCAUGCAACCAUGGCGGACUUGGAAGACACUAGCACUGUUGAGCUAGAGGCGGUGGCCAUGAUGCGGCACUUUGGCAUGAUGUCCAUGGCCGGAGUCCCGUUGUCAGUUAAAUCAUUCUACGAGGAGAAGCAUGCAGGUGAAAUGCCAGUGCAAGGAUCUGUGCAGGUCUCCCGAAAUGGUCACCGAACCUUCCCCCUUAUUAUGGAUCCCAACUAUUUUACACCCCGUAAGACGCGUAGACCACAGACCACCUCCUUUGAUGGUAAUGAUACUACAAGUUCUUAUCACACAGCAGAAAGUUGGACCAGCUGCAAUAGUGUGUACGAAUCAGCUAAAUCAGAUUUGGAAAGCAGCAUCAGCAGUGCAGAAGUCCCCAAAAAGUCAGAAAAGUACAUUGAGAUACCAUACCAACUCCUAGAGGAGAGUUUGGAAGAGGAGGAGGAGAAGCCGCCAGCAAUUCAGGAGAAGUCAAAGGGAAAAAGGAAGGGACGGCGGCCAAAUCAAAAGGAACGCCAAAUGUCCCACAAAAAGCAGCAAUAUCAGCUUUAAAUUCCUAUAUUAAUUUACUAAGAAAAUACAAGUAUCUAAUUUCAAAUUAAACAAACAAGAGCAAAAGAAAAAUGCGAUAGGAAUACAACAACAAAACAUAAAAAAAGAAACAGAAAGAAAACUGAAUAAGAACUGAAACCAAACAAUAAUUGAAUGUGAUUGUUGAUAACAAGAAGGGAUUUUACAUAAGGUCACUAAACUCGGAGGCCAUAAAUCCAAAUUAGUUAUAAGUAUUGAACUGAAAUGCAAGUACAAUUAAAUAAGAGUUGAAAAUAGUUUACAACCCACAUGGGCACGCCGUGGCUCUUUCAGCAUCUGCUCGUCGCGUUCGUUACAAACAAAAGGCAGCAGAAAUUUGGAAUCUGAGAGGAUCGCACAGUGCCUGGAUCUCGAGUUUUCAACAACAAAUUAAAUACUGUUUUUCAUUUUUCAAAGAAAAUCCAACAUUUUAAAUGAAAUGAAUAGUUUUACCAAUAAACAGCUUUAUCGAGACCGAUGCUUAUAAUAAUAACCUUUUUAUUAUAAUUAUUUGAAUAUCAAAAUCUGUCUUUCCUAUAACAAAAAUUCUAAACCAAUCAAAUUCAAUUCCAUAAAUUCAAUGAAUGUUUUUGGAGAAGUUUUUCUUUUGUUGACUAUUAUAUCUAUUAAACCCUCAUAACAUGUUCUUAACUUCCAUUCAAUUUCCCUAAUUGAAUCAGUAGAUGAAGUGAACAUUUCGCAAACUUAUCAAAAAUAAUGGAGGGAGCAGUAAUUCCUUAAUCAAUAACACACCCCAACCCCUACUGUUAUUGUCCUUGUGUGUGGAACUAUUAUUAAUUUGGCGAAACCGACGCGCCAAUCAAUUAAGCCUAAUAAUCUGUCCCACAGACUCGGGAGGGAUACAUGAAGAAAUUGGCUCACAGCACGAAAUAAAUUCUCCGGGAUUUGGAGGAGGAGCAAAUGUGAGUUUGAGUUAAAACAGUCUAGCUUCUAUAUCCUCAAACUAUAGGAACACACUACUUACAUUUUCGAAUCUUUCCAUUAAUUAAUAAAUUUGUUUAUUCAAAUCUACUUGUCAUUUACAAUAUUGAAUAUUGAAAUAAAGACUUUAUCAUAUGUUAAUAUGUUAUGUUAAAACUGAAUAAAAACAUGCUAAGUUUCUUU